AUGUUGAAUUUGCUAACCGCCAAGGAGAGAAUGGCGGGUGUUGUGCUUUCCUAUUCGCCUGUAACCAAGACCACGACUGUGUUCAAAAUUCCAACAUAUCCGAGUUUUGGAUUGGUUUUUGGACGGAGUGGAAAUGGGAAACCUGCUCUUUUGCAGUUGAUAGCAGGGUUAAGUAGCCAAAAUCAGGCUCCAUCCAUAAAUAAUGAUCAGUCUCCUGAAUUGUUAUUGCCUGGAAGAGUUGGUAUUGUUUUCCAGUUUCCUGAAAGGUACUUUGUUGCUGACAAUGUUCUUGAUGAAAUCAUAUUUGGGUGGCCAAGACAAAGGGGCGGCGUGCAAUUGAGAGAGCUUCUUGCUUCAAGACUCGAAAGAGCUAUGACUUCGGUUGGUCUGACUGGAAUCUCUCUGGACAAAGAUCCACAAUCUCUAAGUGGUGGCUACAAACGUCGACUUGCCCUAGCAAUCUAUUUAGUGCAAAUUCCAGCCCUGUUAAUAUUGGAUGAGCCUCUUGCUGGUCUUGAUUGGAAGGCUAGUGCAGAUGUUGUUAAGUUGUUGAAGAAACUGAAGAAAGAGCUGACCUUGCUGCUUGUCAGCCAUGACCUUGAAGAGUUGGCCUCUCUUGUAGAUCGGUCCUGGAGGAUGGAGACGGGAGUAUUGAAGAGUGAACUCCUGCCAAUUUGA